CGUGCAUCGACGUCUAGCUGACCUGUCUACGGACAGCUGCGGAGGUGAUUCGGGGUCACGGGGACUGUGACCUCCUACCGGUAUCGUCAUGGCGGGCAGCGACAUGAGUGUGGACGACAUCUACGAGAGGUUGCGUCUGUCGUUCCCGUUUGUGCACGUGCGGCGCGCUGACGCGCGGGACACGCCGGAACUGGCCCGCCUCCUGCUCAGCCUGGCCAGACACGUGGACGAGACGGGUGUCUCUCGCAGCGUGGCUUCCGAGCUGCAGACGGAGCAGAGGCGGCUGGCGCAGCAGCUGCAUGGCUACCACGCCACGCGCCUGCUACACACCCUGCUGGAAGAGAUGGCGACCGGACUGUCGGCGGCUGGCGACCACACCGACCACCAGCUGCGUGAGGCUGUGCGGGAAGGCCUCUCGCUGGCCGAGCUCCACGACGCGCUGCCGCUGGCGGCGCCGGCCGCCGACGGCCGCGCCCGCGAGCACGCUCUGCUCGAGCUGACAGAGGACGAGCUGGCGCCGUCGGCCGAGCACCGUCAGACACUGGGCCGGCUGCCGCGCACGCGGAGCCGGACCCGGAGCGGCUGA